AUGACACUUUCUGAUAGAGUGAUGGGUAAAGUUAAGAUGGACGCGAACUGGGGUAACAAGACUGCAUUUACGGCUGAAGAAGAAGACAGUUUAGUGUCUUAUAUUGAAUACAUGGCCAAAAGGGGGUUUCCGCUAACAAUACCACUUGUCUCCGGAUUUGCGUGGUGUAUUGCCAGGCAGAGAGGAAAAGGCGACGUAUUCACUAAGUCUGGUCCCACCAAGAGAUGGUGGCAAGGUUUCCAGAAACGCCACCCACAGCUUCGUUUGCGCAGACCUGAUUCCCUUGAUCGAGGAAGAGCAUCGAUGGGAAAUGUGUACUCCCUUCGCGAAUACUUUGCACUACUUAAGGACACGCUGGACUACAAUGAUCCUAAUUCAAAACCUCUCCUGGUUUUCAACUGCAAUGAGGCAGCCAUUAAUCUUAACAAGUCCGCUGGCCAGAGGGUAGCCGUACCAAAGGACCAGAAACAGGCUCAUAGUAUCUCCUCAGCAACGAACGAACAUGUAACUGUACAUUGCUGUGUCAAUGCCGCUGGUGGAACGAUACCUCCGAUGGUAAUCUUUACGAAAACUUACCCUGGAGGCCCAUACCAAAAGAAGGGACCUGUCAAUGCCACAUACGCUGUGUCAGAUACAGGCCUCAUGGAUCAAGAGUUGUACUUUCAAUGGUUCCAGAAAACCUUCCUGAAGUACGCUCUACCCGAACGUCCCCUGCUACUUAUACAUGAUGGAGCCAGCUCGCACAUGAGUUGUCCUCUCAUUCAAAGCGCAAUAGCAAAUGAUGUCAUCAUCCUUUGUCUUCCCCCGAAGACCACCCACAUUACACAACCUCUUGACGUGGCAGUGUACCGCAAAAUGAAAAUAGAGGCUGCCAAGAUUAUGAGCCAAGCAAAAUUAAUCAAAUCCGACUUCUGGGUAGCAAAAAGGAAUGUAUCGGCCAUGUUCAAGCUUAUCUAUGAAUCGAGCUUUUCCAUGCGCAGCAUAACAGGGGUUUCGCAAAUGUGGGAUCUAUCCUUUUGA